CAGCACGUUUCAACCCCAAAUGUGUUUCAGUAGCCAUUCCUAAUGUUACUGAAGACAGCUGUCUGCGUGUAGCGUUAUCCAGGCUGUGCCUGCAUGUUAGCAUUGUAAGGUCCUUCUCCUUUCUCCUCCUCCUUAUACCUUUCCCAAUAUCCAAGUGAGGAUGAACGUUUGAUUAUAUUCCUUGCCACACCAUAAAGUCUUAAAACCUGUCAAACCACCGCAGUCCCGCACUUGAAUUCGUCGAACCUUUGUCCAAAUCUUUGGCUGCCCCCUUGCGCCGAGGUCUGCGUCUUUCGGGACAUUGGCCCAGGCCGCCGUCGCUAUGCGUAAGACCGCAGCGACGGUGUUGGCCGAGAGGCAGGAGGAGCAACAGGCGCGGAAUGAGCUCUUCGCUGGCAGGGAAGAAGUAAACAUUAAUCCCUCUGAAGCCCCGCUUGAAGAUCAAACAGUCGACCAGCUAGUCGACACAGCGGUGCGCACGCAUAAGGACACCACGGCUGUGGCGCAACGAGCGCUCAAGGUUGUACAUGAAUCUAAGCAGAUUCAAGCGGAGACUAUGCGACAGCUGGAGGCGCAGAACAAGACGAUGUACGACAUCGGCCAUAAAAUGGACGAUAUGAACGCCGAGCUGUCGUACGCUGAGAAGCUGCUGAGCUACAUGCGGCGGUGCUGCUGCUGCUGGCUGUGCGACUCGUGCACGGGAGCUGACCCGGAGGACCAGCGCAAGCGGGAUUGGAGGCGCAGGGUAGACAGGGGGGAAACACAGGUACCGGCGUCAGGGGGGGGACAGCAGCAAAACCACAAGGCGCGGGGCGGCAGCGGCAAGGCGGGCACCGCUGGGGGCGCGGGCUUGGGCUCCGGAGCCAGCGGCAGCUCCGGCUCCGGAGGCGGGGGCGGCGGCGGUAGCGGGCGCUGGCGGGACCCCGACAUCCGGCUGCCUGAGGAGCACCGCGCUGUUGAGAUGGGGUUGCACCAGGAGACUCGGAAGCAGAACGACAUGAUCGACCAGAUCCAUGCGGGGCUGGAGCAGCUGCUGGAGGGGGCCAAGGGUAUGACCGACGAGCUGUCGCUCCAGAACCGCGAGCUGGAGAGCUUGGACGGCAAGGUGGCGGCCACGCACUCGCGCAUCAACGACGUCAACAAGAACAGCCAGCUGCGGAACAUGGCGCGCGGCAAGCCCAAGGGCCGCAAGGCGGACUCGCUCGUGCCCGCCCUACCCAGCAAGAGCAGUGCGGCAGCAGCGGCGGCUAAGCGGCUGGCGGGGAUAUGAAACGGGUGGUGAGGAGGACGAGGGCGUGAAGGUGUGGCGGAGGAACUUGGGAGCCUUGAGGAGUGGUAAGGAAGCUGGCCGCGAGUCGGAACGUAGCCUUGGAGUGUGUGUGUGUGCUUUGCGGAGCUUCUUACUUGUACAUAAGAGGGAUGGUGACUGAUUGUUAAUUGUUUGGCGGUUGUUUGUUUGAGUCGAGGUGGGUAUUGGAGGGUAUUGGAGAAGCAGGAGGACAGGGAGGCGCAAUGACCGGAGAGGGCGCGGUGCGUGGGAAACAGGCAUAUGAGGAGGCAGCGUCGGGCCCCUCUAGGACGUGUGCUUAGGACGGCAUCUAGUAUCGAAGACGUCAGCUUGUGGGAGUGGCUUCGUGUUAAACAGCGUAGGGUGUUCUUUUUGAUAUUUUUUCAUUACCAUGAGUGUGCAUUCAGACUCUUCGAAAUGCCAGAAAGUUGCAGGGGGGGGUCCAGGUCGUUCAGCGCUUGACUAGCUGCGGCCUGCGUGUGCAGGUGUUCUGAGUAGGGGCUUCCGCUCAUAUGGUUGCAUUAACAGGGGCGGUUGCGGACGUUGUACUUGUCUUCCUGGCCUACACAAGGCCCGAUGCUGAUCGUGGCGCUGAGUGCAGCACAGUUCGGUUGUGCCCUGUCCGUCGUACGCUCGCUGUUGUACUACUAUAGUUGGGUAGACGGUAUAGCCUCGAAGUAUGAGCAGCAUACGUUAUUUGCUUACCGAUAUUCUUUUCGGUACAGAAUUCACCUGCAAAUAUUGCUGUAUGACUUUGUGUAUCGUGUUUAGCCUCGACAGUACUGUGGACUUCUACAAACAGUGGACUGUUCACUACGAUUGAAAUUUGUUUGGUAUUCUCUUUUUAUCUCAUAAUGGCUGCUAAUUUGUCAUAUCAUACACCAGAGCUAGGCGUCGACUACUCUUCUCGCAUGGAAGGGGGCAUUGCUGGUGCAGUGGCUCGUGCAAAAGAGCGCAAACGGGCUGUGCUUACACGUCAGGCUCAAGAGCGUGCUGAACGGCAGCAGAGGCGUCGGCAGUGGCUAGAGCAGCGACAACAGCCGGGCCUUCCGUGCAGCAGUCAGCGUAUACAGCAGGUUCCCGUCCCACCACCUGCUGUUACCACGAACAUCAUGGGUACUACCACCGCCAAUGUCGGCAUCCCAAGCUGUUACCUCCCACCGGUAGAUCCUCAUCAGCAGCAAGUCCUGGCAUCACACGAGGUUGCUUCGCUGUUGAAAGACCUCAACGGUGGCACUCCUCCUAGCGUUAAUGAGCUGACGCCCGUGCUGGUCGCUUUCGGAGCUGACGGCGCUGGCCGGCUGCCCGCACAGCAGCUGCCCGCUGUGGUGGUGGCGUGGAACAGGCGGGUGCUGGAACAGGGGCUGCCAGGCCUGGGCCCCGCCGGUCCGCCCCUGCAGCGGGUUCAGCAGCAGGAGGAGGAGGACGGCAACCGCGCAUGCUGCAUCUGCUGCUGCGCGUCCUGAUGAGCCUGGGGGCUCACGUACCGUACCCGCGACAUCUGCAGACGGAUCCAGUCGUCUUCGCCACUUAAGGCCCUUUCCGUACGGCGAGCAUUCAGCCUAGCCGGGCCCUAUCGUUUGCAUGCGGUUUGGAACGCUGCUGCGUCGGCGUCCUCCUCUUGGUUUCCAGCAGUGCUGAGGGGGCGCUGGGCGCCCUGCUGGGGUGUGCCAGGCGGGUCGACCAGGAGCUCGUCCGGCCGCCCGCGUGUGCUCCAUUCCUCCCGCCGCCAGCGCAGGCACCGUGUGCCGCAACACGGCCGCCACACGCCUCCCUCCAUUACCUGUCACGGCCAGUUGUUUCAACACACGUCACACGUACACCCGCCGGUGCUACCGCCUCGUCUUCAACAGACGCCAUCACCACCGCGCCGUCUACCCCGGGGUGCCCCACCAAGCCACCACCGCUACGCACAUUAGCUCGUGAGCUCCUACAGCAUGGCUGCUGCUGCCCGGGGGGGACCGUCGCUGCUGCCCGGGGGGGACCGUCGCUGCUGCUGCUGCCGUCGGCGGGGCCGCUGGUGAUGAUGAUGGUUGUUGGAUUCCCUUGGGGGGGACAUGGGGGAGGUCUCAGCUCCCGCUGAACUACCUCGAACUCCUGUGUUGCGUUUGGAAUUGAGACGUGACGGGGUUCUUGAGACGUGACGGGGCUUGCCCACGUGCCCUUACUACUCCGUUCAGGCUCCGCUAACGCGGGCUAAUAUAAAUUGGCUGCUCGAGCUGCUCAAGAUAUAGCGAUACUGCAUAUCCAUGCUGUGGCACCCGUGUCUACUGAAGUGCAUUGAAGCUUAGCAGCUCGUUCAUUACACUUCAGGAGCUUCCACAUAAGAAGACACGCUCACGUGAGGUGGUGUUGAGGACUCACAACCACCUUCAAGAGCACGUACCCAGAACCCAACUGCUCCCGUGCAGCCGACCAAGACCAAGCCUCCCCAUAUCCACUGCCGUACCAAAACCAGAGAUCAUCUUCGCAUGCC